UAGAUGACAGUAAGAAACGUGCCGCCAUGCGCUGCGCUUGCGCCAUGCGAAAGUGACGGGGCACUAACAGCCCAUACUGCCAUACGGCGACGUAAUACUAAUAAAGUUUUGUUUGAUGUUUAUUAAGAUUGAUAAUAAUGUGCAGUCUUUAACCUAUAUGCGUGUAUAAGUGUUGUGAAAGAUUUGGAUUUGUUUAUAAUAUCUCCGUUACCUGAGCCCGGAGAAACAGAUCACGGUGUCCAUAGAGGAACGAACUGCACAUGAAUUCUAACGACAAAAGCACAACUUGGAUAGAAAGAGAUAUAAUGGAAUCGACUAUAGACCCGGGGAUAUCCAUAUCAAUGAUGGAGGAGGAGGCGCCCACGCUCACGGUGGCCACGAUUGUGGGGGUGACGGCCUUCGUUUUGGUCAUUAUUGCUGCUGUUUUUCUACUCGGGGUUUUAAUUGAUUGCCGCCAACAGAGGCUAUUAGAGAAAAAAAUGGGUGAAGUGAAACGGAAUAAGAGUCAUCGGAGGAUCAACAUUCAUGCACGCAGAGAAGGGGACAACGAGUGCAUAGCUAAUAAUAUGGAAGAAUCAGGCACGAGUAUCGCCCCUGCAGAAAUUUUACGACAUAUACCAUAA